AUGGGCGUUGAAGAUCACAACGAGGAGCGCCGCGGCUCCGUCGCCCUCCAGACUGCCGACAAUGUCGAGCAGAUCGAGGCCCCCGUCACCUGGAAGGCCUACCUGAUGUGCGCUUUCGCGUCGUUUGGUGGUAUCUUCUUCGGCUACGAUUCCGGAUACAUCAACGGUGUCAACGGCUCCAAGUACUUCAUCCACCAGGUCGAGGGCGCUGGUGCCGACAGCCUCAGCGAGAGCCAUACCUCUCUCAUCACCUCUAUCCUCUCCUGCGGUACCUUCUUUGGUGCCCUCAUCGCUGGUGAUCUUGCCGACCGCAUCGGUCGCAAGUGGACUGUCAUUAUUGGUUGCUUUAUCUACGCUAUUGGUGUCGUUAUUCAGAUGAUUACUGGUCAUGGUGAUGCUCUUGCUUGCAUCGUCGUCGGUCGUCUCAUUGCCGGUGUCGGUGUCGGUUUCGAGUCUGCCAUUGUCAUUCUGUACAUGUCUGAGAUUCUUCAUCAGUGCCCCAAGAAGGUUCGCGGUGCCCUCGUCGCCGGCUACCAAUUCUGCAUCACCAUCGGUCUCCUCCUCGCUUCCUGCGUCGUCUACGGAACCGAGAACUUCGACAGCAUGAAGUCCUACCAGAUCCCCAUCGGUCUCCAGUUCCCCUGGGCCGUCAUCCUCGGCGGUGGUCUCUUCUUCCUCCCCGACUCUCCCCGAUACUUUGUCAAGCGUGGCCGCAUCGAAGACGCCAUCGACGCCCUGUCCAGAGUCCGAGGUCAGCCCAAGGACUCCAAGUAUGUCCAGUCUGAGAUCGCCGAGAUCGUCGCCAACGAGGAGUACGAGCGCCAGAUCAUUCCCUCUACUACUUUCAUCGGCAGCUGGGCCAACUGCUUCAAGGGCAGCCUCUGGGAUGGCAAGUCUAACCUCCGCCGAACUAUCCUCGGUACUUCUAUGCAGAUGAUGCAGCAAUGGACCGGUGUCAACUUCAUCUUCUACUACUCUACUCCCUUCCUCCAGUCCACUGGUGCUAUCAAGAACGUCUUCCUCAUCUCUCUCGUCUUCACCCUCGUCAACGUCUGCUCUACUCCUCUCUCCUUCUGGACUGUUGAGCGAUUCGGCCGCCGAAGCAUCCUCCUCAUCGGUGCCUUUGGUAUGCUUGUCUGCCAGUUCAUCGUUGCCAUCAUUGGUGUCACUAUCGGCUUCAACCACACUCACGCUUCUCCCACCGCUGAUGAGCCCGACCGCAUGAUCGCCAACAACAUCAGCGCCGUCAACGCCCAGAUCGCUUUCAUCGCCAUCUUCAUCUUCUGGUUCGCCUCCACCUGGGGCCCUGGUGCCUGGAUCGUCAUCGGCGAGAUCUUCCCCAUCCCCAUCCGAUCUCGUGGUGUCGGUCUCUCCACCGCCUCCAACUGGCUCUGGAACACCAUCAUCGCCGUUAUCACCCCCUACAUGGUCGGUACCAACCGUGGCAACCUCAAGUCCUCCGUCUUCUUCAUCUGGGGCGGUCUUUGCACCUGCGCCUUCGUCUACACCUACUUCCUCGUCCCCGAGACCAAGGGUCUGUCUCUCGAGCAGGUUGAUAAGAUGAUGGAGGAGACCACUCCCCGAACCUCUGCUAAGUGGCGACCUCACACCACCUUUGCCCAGACCAUGGGUGCUGGUGAUAUCAAGCACGUCCCCAAGACUGAGCACGAGGACCACGUCUAA